UGCCGUAAAGCAUCGGAGUCAAUUGAGACAGCUACCUGACUGAAGUUUACACGGGCGGUCGAGAAUGUGAUGUACUCGACGUCGAAUGAGGGUAUUGUUUCCCAUUUUUAAGAUGGGAGCUAAUGCCUCCGCCUUGGAGAAAGAGAUCGGAUCAGACCAGUUUCCCACCAAUGAACACUACUUUGGAUUAGUCAAUUUUGGGAACACCUGCUACUGCAACUCAGUCCUCCAGGCUCUGUACUUCUGCAAGCCAUUCAGGGACAAAGUCCUGAGCUACCGCGCCCAGCCUAAGAAGAAGGAGAACCUUCUGACCUGCCUCAGUGACCUCUUCAACAACAUCACCACACAGAAAAAGAAGACCGGUGUCAUCGCGCCCAAGAAAUUCAUCGGGAGGCUGCGCAAGGAAAAUGAGGUGUUUGACAACUACAUGCAACAGGAUGCGCAUGAGUUUCUUAUCUAUCUACUCAACACAAUAGCUGACAUUUUGUCUGCUGAGCGGGCGGCUGACAAGCAAGUCGGCAAACCCAACAGCAAGGUCAGUACCCCCAACGGUUCACUGAGCAACAAUAAUGACCAUCACCACCAGAAGAACGAACCGACCUGGAUCCACGAAAUCUUUCAGGGGACGCUGACCAACGAGACCAGGUGUCUUUGCUGUGAAGGGGUAAGCAGUAAGGAUGAGGAUUUCUUGGACUUGUCAGUAGACGUGGAGCAGAACACAUCUAUCACCCACUGUCUCAAAGGGUUUAGUAACACGGAGACACUGUGCCAUGAAUGUAAAUACUAUUGUGAGACAUGUUGCAGUAAGCAAGAAGCCCAGAAAAGAAUGCAAGUCAAGAAACUGCCUCAGAUCCUUGCCUUACACCUCAAGCGCUUCAAGUACAUGGAGCAAGUCCACCGCUACACCAAGCUCUCCUACCGCGUUGUAUUCCCACUUGAGCUCAGACUCAUGAACACGUCUGAUGAUGCAACCAGCCCGGACAAGCUCUAUGAUCUGGUCUCCGUCGUCAUCCACUGUGGAAGUGGUCCUAACAGGGGCCAUUACAUUACCAUCGUCAAAAGCCACGGCUUCUGGCUGCUAUUCGAUGAUGACCUGGUAGACAAAAUUGACGUCUCUAACAUUGAGGAGUUUUACGGACUCGCAACGGAGGUCCAAAAGACAUCAGAUUCUGGGUACAUUCUGUUCUACCAAGCGAGGGAUCUUUAGCUGAAAACGUAACUCCCAAUGUUCAUUCGUAUCAGGUAUCAAGUGUUACUACUUUUGUGGAGUACAUGGCCAGUUGUGCAGGUCUUGGGGAAAAAGCACAACAGCUUGUGAAACAUUUGGGUUACAAGCACCUAUGUACCGACAACACAAAUUGAUGUUGUCAUUGUGUGGCUAAAGGUAGUCAGGUGUACUUUGUGGAAGGAUAGAAGAGACUUGUUCACCCACAGCAGGGAAAAGCAUUGGCCCGUCAGUAUUCUUUGAGAUUACAACAGCGUUUCUGUUUACUGCCCAUAGCCAGAGAGUCCAGUGGAAAUGACCCAGUUCUGAAAUGUGUUGGUUUAGGUUUAACCGGGAAUAGUCUUAAUAUGUGUGCAUGAGAUUGCGUGUGGAAGUUAAAAAUCACUCCGUUUUUGGCUUCAGAGCCAUCUCAAAACUCAUUCUAGACAAGUUGCAGGUGAAACCACUCACUCCACUCGCAAGAAGCUCGGCAUUUGCCCUGGCCAAAUUAUCAUUUGGCACCUUGUCAUCCCUGAAGUUGGGGAAACAUGCAAUCAGGUAGCUUCAAUGUGGAAAUAUUGUGAGGGACUGUCAUUAAGAAUCCUACAACUUACACGUGCAUUAGUUUCCCAAUUUUUCAGCCACUUGAGAUGUUUGAGAUGGCUCGUUAGAAAAUGAAUCAGUACCCAAGCACCAGACACCAAAUUUGACCACAUUUCAGGGAGACCAACAAGCAGUUGGGCAAGAAAUGUUAUUGUCAUUAAUAUUUAACUACAUCAACUGCAAACAAAAGUAUAGUGUGAAUUUAUUACAUACCUACAGAAUAAAGAAGGGAAUAAUUUUCUUAUGCCUAUUAUUAAAAUUGGUAGUGGAAGUAUUAAUUAAAUUUAUCAAUUUUAAUUUUUCAUCUAUUAUUAUAUGAUUAUCGGUCAUUGUGAUUCAUCUGCAAUUUAUAGUAUUGGUGAGGUCACAGUUCAAGUUUAUUAAAUGCACUUUUAGUUGUAACCCGUGAUGGAAAUUUUUUUUUCCCAAAGGCAACACUAAAAUGUUCAGUCUUUUUUAUGAUUUUACAAACGUAGAGUUGCCAAAGUUAGAUUGCGUUAUGAAUUAGUUGAAUAUAGAGUAAUGUGUACAUAUUAAAUCGAGAGAGAUGUUAAUAUUUUGUACAUGUAAAAUGAAUUUAUCAACUUUGAUAAAUAAGUAGUUAUGAGGCAGGAUUCAGCAUUGUUGGGUUUUUUUUGUUCUGGGUUUCUUUUCUGUAAGAGAUUUUUAUUUGAUGGAAAAAGUGGACCUUUCAAAUUCUUAUUCCUAAGGCAGUUUUACUAGUAGCCUUUUGAAUCCUUCAAAAUCCUCCACUUUGCAGAAAUACAGUGGCCACUUCUUUGCACUUCAACACUCAAGGGACAUCAAAGUCAUAUGGGCGUCGUUCACUAGGUGGCCAUUUUGAAUCAUGCUAUCCUAAUCCACUUUAUUCACAAAACACUAAGGUAAGGUGCCUGACUAAUUACAGGUAUAGUCUCACUUUGAAUGGUAUGUUUCAUUUGGACAAAAACGGUGUCAUGACUUUUUUGUCCAAGAUUCAAGAUGGCCGCCUCAUAAAGAAGACCAAUAACAGCUGGACCCAUCCUGCAAUAUCUUUUCACAUCUUUUCACAUUUGAUGGAUUUUGAGGGAUCUGGGAAGGUUAGGGUUGAUGGGUGAAUUCUGUUUGUGAUUUCAAGAGGACAGGAUUUGGGAUCAGCUUUUGUGCAGGACCAAAAGAAAAAGUUGUUACUGUAAUGCAAAACCUUGAUUGUGAAGCAGUUUUUUUGGUCGAGACCCAACAAGUCCAUCAUAAGCCAUCCAGUUCACCAAUGUUGAAUCACAAGCUUGUCAGAUGAACUGCAAUAAAAACAUUCCUUAGUGCCCAUGUUUGCCCUGUAACGGGCCUUGUGAAAAGACUUAGGACUGAACUUGUGAUGGACGCGACUGCGAACUGGUAUCAAGUCCACAUCCACAGUACCUGUUACCACUCAUUGUUUGUUAACACUAGACAUCAGUUCCGUAAAUCUACUACAUGUUCAUGUAUUUGGCACUGAUGUUGCUUAGCAUGGAAAUCUUUGCUCAGCAGAAAAGGGUUACUAGCCACACUGUCAUUAGACUUGCACUGUUAAUAGCUGGCUCUAUUAAACUGGAUUUGGCUUAAUUUGCUAAGCAGGAAAUUUUACUUAGCAGCUUGAUGAAAUACCUGCUGAAGAUCAUCAUGAAUCUUUGAUGAAGGCCCCCCCCCAUGUGUAUCUAACAAAUGAAAUCUGGUCACAGUAUUGUAUCGGGGCAUAAAACUGGGCUGUAGCAGACCUUUUUUCUCCUUUGAGACAAAUUUUGUUGUUGUGAAUCUGUUCUUUCUACAUCAGUCAUAUUUUUGCUGGAACUGUGGUUGGAUGCUAGUGCAAGAGUGAAAGAAUUAUUCACUAUGUGUUAACAGUUGUACACGGUUAUAAAAACACCAGGUAAUGAACAACAUUUCUGCCCCUCUUCAACUCUUUUUGUACAUUUUGACAUAUAAUCCAACAAUCACCUAGGGUGAUAUUUCUGAAAACUUCUACCGCCCAUUCAAACAGUGGGAUCGUAUCGGACAGUGAAAAAAACAAUUCAUGCGUAAUGCAAGGCAGGAACUUCACUGAGGGAUCAGAGGUCACUGCCUUGAUGCCCCUGGUCUUUGCCCCCAAUGCCCAAUGAAAUGCCCCCACAGACAAGUUGAUUUUCCAAUACAAGUGCCCUUUGCAAAUGAAAAAUUGCCUUGCCCUUUCAAGAACAAAGUCCCUGCCCAAUUUGUGUAUGUAAUAAAGGAAAAUAUGGUCUGUGUUUGUUUGCACUGUUAAGCCUUCACACCUACAACAUAAAAUCCUGACAUCAGCUGACUUUUUUAUUCAUGUAAAUGGUUCCAGCAAGCACCUGCAUUUAUAAUCGACAUAUUUACCACAACCUGUGUACAUUCUUUACCCUUUGAGUAAACUGUUUCGUGUGAUCAUUUCCAAUUGUCUUAGCACCAAGGUACAAGAAGCAUUGGCUAUAAGCCCUUUAGUGUAAUGUACUGGGACCUGUGGGAGACUAGUGGAUUCUACUGCAUGGGUCACCCAGUUAAAACAAUAAGUAAAUGGAUAAAUAAAUUUAGAUUCUGUUUGUUUUCUACAUGUAAAUUUUGCAAUAAACUACGAGCAUACAUGUAGCAAUUGUUUUCAUCAAACAUAUUUUAUGGGCUUUCGUUUGAAAUCUUACUAUGAAGAAGUUUGGUUUUAUUUUGUAACUUCUCUUGGCCGAUGCAAACGGGAAAAGCUGCACAAUACUUUUGAUGUUAAUAUGCUACAAAUUCCAAGGUAUUCACAUCUUCAUACUCAAGCUGGUUUCCUGCCACUUUCUGAUGAAGUGUAAAAGUGCAUUAGAACCACAUACUAAUGAGUAACAACCUUUUCUGUAAAGUUACAAAAGAUGUACAAUUGCUGAGCAGCACUGUGACGUCUGAUUUAAGAAGAGCCACAAAAUUAAACUGUACAGAAUUUAGAUUUCAGAAAAUGA